UGGCGCUUCGGGCGGGUUGGCGGGUGCGGCCGGGUGGCUCGGUGGCGGGCUUGUGCGGCGGCAGGAGGCGCUUCAGAAGACCCCCGCGGCGGGAGCCGCGUCUGGUGGACCAUGGGAUUUGGGGCCCUGGAGGAGUGAAACUCCUGGCCACUGGCACCCACUUCGGUGAACCAUGGCAACCCCGGAUGUGAGCGUCCAUAUGGAAGAGGUGGUGGUUGUGACAACUCCCGAUACUGCAGUGGAUGGCAGUGGUGUGGAGGAGGUGAAGACAGUGCUGGUAACAACAAAUUUGGCCCCUCACGGGGGUGACCUGACAGAAGAUAACAUGGAGACAGAAAAUGCAGCAGCUGCAGCUGCUGCAGCCUUCACAGCCUCCUCACAGCUCAAGGAAGCAGUGUUAGUGAAGAUGGCUGAAGAGGGGGAGAACUUGGAGGCUGAAAUUGUGUACCCUAUCACCUGUGGAGACAGCAGAGCCAACUUGAUUUGGAGGAAGUUUGUGUGCCCUGGAAUCAAUGUGAAAUGUGUUCAGUAUGAUGAGCAUGUGAUCAGCCCGAAGGAGUUUGUCCACCUGGCGGGGAAGUCCACCCUGAAGGACUGGAAGAGAGCCAUCCGAAUGAAUGGCAUCAUGCUCAGGAAGAUCAUGGACUCUGGGGAGCUGGAUUUCUACCAGCACGACAAGGUCUGCUCCAAUACCUGCCGCAGCACCAAGAUCGACCUGUCAGGGGCCCGAGUGUCCCUGAGCAGCCCCACAUCUGCAGAGUACAUCCCACUCACACCUGCUGCAGCUGAUGUGAAUGGUUCGCCUGCCACCAUUACCAUAGAGACCUGUGAGGAUCCCAGUGACUGGACAACAGCUAUUGGAGAUGACACGUUUGCUUUCUGGCGGGGACUGAAAGAUGCUGGCCUGCUGGAUGAGGUCAUACAGGAAUUCCAGCAGGAACUGGAGGAGACCAUGAAAGGUCUACAGCAGCGAGUGCAGGAUCCGCCCCUGCAGCUCCGAGAUGCUGUCCUCCUCAACAACAUUGUACAGAAUUUCGGCAUGCUGGAUCUGGUGAAGAAGGUGCUGGCCAGCCACAAGUGCCAGAUGGACCGCUCACGGGAGCAGUACGCCCGGGACCUGGCAGCCCUGGAGCAGCAGUGUGAUGAGCACCGCCGCCGCGCCAAGGAACUGAAACACAAGUCCCAGCACCUCAGCAACGUGCUUAUGACGCUGACCCCCGUCUCGCUGCCGCCUCCCAUGAAGCGGCCCCGGCUGGCACGGGCCACGUCUGGACCGGCCUCUGUGGCCUCGCAGGUGCUCGCCCAGUCUGCACAGAUCGCCCUCAGCCCAGCUGUGCCGGUGUCCCAGCUGGCCAGCGUACCGCUUGGCAAAGUGGUAUCUGCACUGCCCUCAGCCGUCCUGGGCAAGAGCUCCCCUCAGGCUCCUCCUGCCAGCUCUCCAGCCUCCCCACUGCUCGGGGGCUACACAGUGCUGGCCUCCUCGGGCUCCACUUUCCCUAGCACAGUGGAGAUCCACCCGGACGCAUCCAGCCUCACGGUCCUGAGCACGGCAGCCAUGCAGGACGGCAGCACCGUGCUGAAGGUGGUCAGCCCGCUACAGCUGCUCACCCUCCCCAGCCUGGGCUCCGCCCUGCAGAACGUGGCCCAGGCAUCACCAGCAGGCAGCACAAUUGUGACAGUGCCUACAGUGGCUGCCCCUGGGUCUGAUGAGCACACGGCCACCAUUGAGGUGGCUGCCAUGGCAGAGGACCACGAGCAGAAGUAGCUAGUGGGGCGGGAAAGGGCCCUCAGGGUGGACAGGGCUGGCUGCCUCUCCUCAGGCCGCUGCAGGCAGAGGCCAGAGCCAGCUUGGUACAGGCAGGUCUCAUGGGCUGAACCAAAGAGAGCACUUGCCAGAAGAAUCAAGAAGAAGAGGGACAGAAAGAUGCCAGCAACCUGAAAAAUUGGUCUUUACCUUCUAAACUCCCCACUCUUUUUCUUGGGAAAUACACUUUUCCAUCUGUUGCUUAUUAAUACUGUUUACACAUUGGCCUUGAGCAAGAGCCAGGGGGUAGUGACCAGAGGCCUGGGUGUAGCUCAGUGCAGGCAGCAGAAGCAGGGGUGGCAGGCACCCAACACCCACAGGUGCUGGUGGCUCAGAGUCCACCCAAGUCUCAGAGGCCCUGGUGCCUGUGCUCCCAUUAGGCUCGUCAUGGGGUCUGAGCCUGCUGGGGGGACAUAACUAACACAUGUCUUGGGAAAUGUACCCAAGUGUGGAAACCCAUGGAUCCUAUGGAUUUGGUUUCUUCCCACAGUUUUUUGUAGGUUUAGUGUGGUCAGCACCCUGCUCUUCUGCCUGUGGAAACAUGAUCCCGGGGCUGGGGUGCAGACCCAGCAGGUGCUCAGGUGGCCAAGGGGCCCCACAGACCAGGUGAGGUCUGGGCACCAUUACACAGUGCUGCAGGUGUUUUUAAGGGAAUUGCUUAGUAUGCUUCUAGAAAGAGUCAGAUUUAUAGCAUUUUCAACCAAAACAAUGCUUUGUGCCUAGGAUUCCCAAGGGGAAGAUGAGGUGGGCCUGGGCACUGUGCAUGCACAUAGCUGGAGGUGGAAGGCUUCGCUGCCCACAGUGAAGCUCUGGAGGACCUGUUUGUCAGUGUUCCUUCAGACUUGGUGGCUCAGAUGGCUCCUGUGUUCAGCCUGCUGUCGGGACCCCCAAGUACUCAGCCCCCUAAGGCUCAUCCCCCGCACCCCACCACCUCCCCAGAGGUGGAGUUGAGCCUGCUGGCCAUCGGGAGAGUCCCAGGGCAUUGGAGGAGGCUGUGCAGGGCAGGGUGGGGCCAGUUGGGACAGGUAUGACUGGGACGCUUGGUGAAGCUCUCUGGGUAGUGUACAGAUCUCGGUUCGGGCCCUUAAGGAAUAAAGGCAGGGGAUAUCUUCUAGGCCACAGCUCCUAGGGCCAGACAUUUUAGGGAGCAGGAAGCCCAGGCUGCUGCACCCUUCUGUUGGUUUUGUGUCAGCCAGAGGCCUUUCUCAGAGAGCCUCACAGCACGAGGUGGGUUGCUGUCUCCCUUCACCGUAGUAAAGGGAACUAGCUGUCUCUUUGUCCAUCAGUCCAUCCCUCUUGCGUGUCCAGACCACACCUCCACACCUGCUGUGACCAGGUUUGUCUGCCUUCCCACCCCACAUCAAGCUACUGAGUUCUGUUUCUGUUUCCCUUCUGUUGCAUCAUUGUUUGCUGUUGUGAUGACUCAUCGGGUUUUAGCACAGUGUUUCCCUGUUUGUGUACCCUUUCCUUUUCUAAGCUUAUUUUUAUUCAAGUUGUCUUUUGUUCCAUGUAGCAGUGUGACCCUAGGGGCAUCAGGAGGGGCCAGCAGGUGUGGGCAACUGCCCAGACCCCUUCAGAGACAGUGUCACUAAUGAAACACCUGUUGCCCUGGGAGCCAGAGACCUUCCAGGAAGCACCCUUUGGCUUGUGGGUCAGUUUCUGUUCUCUGUGAGGGCUGGGUUGGAACCUUCUCAGUACCUCCCCCUUAGUCGAAGGCUUGGCACUGGAAUAUAAAGUUAAUUGUAGAGCCAUAUAAAAAUAAGCCCCAAACUAGCUUCAAAAUUAAUUUCCAUCCCCCUUCCCACUGCCCGCAAGGCUGCCUGCAGACAUCUGCUGCCAGUCCAUCCUCCAAGACUGCUCAGACAGUUGGGGAAGGGGCUGGGGGUAAGGAGGGCAGAAUUGUUCCAGAGGUGAGAGUGGGCCAGCGCCCAGCUGGCUGUCCCCCGCCUUGCACAGGUCCCGCUGGCGCCCCAGGGUUGCUGGGUUUCUGUGCCCUAGGCCUACCUUUGGGGCCUCUCAGCCACGUGCAAACACCAGUGUUCAUGCUGCCUUCAGUUUGGUUUUUUGAGGAGAUAAGACUGAUUCGGUUUUGCAGAAGGGAAAGAUCUUCUCUCUCAGGGCUGGGGAGAUAGCUCAGUAGGGCCUGAGUUCAACCCCCAGUCCGCC